CUCCUUGAUUUUUCUCCAACUUGCUUCGCUGAUUGCCAAAAACACUCGCUCUCUCGCUCGCUUUUUUUAAAACAAAAUUUGAAAAGCUUAUUGAGAAUCAGUUGGGAUUUUUGAGGAUCAAUAAUGGCUCCUGCUAGUGUUAAGCCCAAUAGUGCUGGCGCUGCUACUAGUACAGCAACAGUGUCCGCGGUUUCUUCUUCUAAAGUACCUCCAAUCGCACGCCCAUUGGCUGGCGAACCAGAAGAGGUAGCAUCAAAUAUAAAUUACCAUGCACAAUUCAGUCCUCAUUUCUCUCCUUUCAAGUUCGAACCUGAACAAGCCUACUUUGCCACUGCUGAAAGCGUCCGCGAUCGCCUCAUUCAACAAUGGAAUGAGACUUAUGUUCAUUAUCACAAAGAGGAUCCAAAGCAGACUUACUAUUUGUCAAUGGAAUAUCUUCAAGGACGAGCUUUGACUAAUGCAAUUGGGAAUCUUGACAUUCAAGAUGCUUAUGGUGAGGCUUUGAAUCAGUUAGGGCAUCAGCUUGAGGACAUUGUUGAGCAGGAGAAAGACGCUGCACUUGGAAAUGGGGGUCUAGGAAGACUUGCUUCAUGUUUUUUAGACUCGAUGGCAACGUUGAAUUUGCCAGCAUGGGGAUAUGGUCUGAGGUACAGAUAUGGGCUGUUCAAGCAGCGGAUCACCAAAGAGGGCCAAGAAGAAAUUGCCGAGGACUGGCUGGAGAAGUUCAGUCCUUGGGAAAUUGUCAGGCAUGAUGUUGUAUUUCCUGUCAGGUUUUUUGGUCGAGUGGAGGUUAAUCCUGAUGGAUCCCGAAAAUGGGUUGGUGGUGACAUUGUGCAAGCUCUAGCCUAUGAUGUGCCAAUUCCAGGAUACAAAACCAAGAACACCAUUAGUCUUCGUCUCUGGGAAGCAAGAGCUUCUUCUGACGACUUCAAUCUAUUUCUAUUUAAUGAUGGACAGUAUGAAUCCGCUUCACAGCUUCAUUCUGGAGCUCAGCAGAUUUGUGCUGUUCUUUAUCCUGGGGAUGCUACAGAAAAUGGAAAACUUUUGCGGCUGAAGCAACAAUUCUUUCUUUGCAGUGCUUCACUUCAGGAUAUUAUUCUUAGAUUUAAGGAGAGAAAAAAUGAGAACGGAUCAUGGAAGUGGUCUGAAUUUUCUAGCAAGGUCGCCGUACAACUGAAUGAUACUCAUCCUACUCUUGCAAUUCCAGAGCUGAUGCGAUUGUUGCUGGAUAAUGAAGGACUUGGAUGGGAUGAAGCUUGGGAUGUCACAACCAGGACAGUUGCUUAUACCAAUCAUACAGUCCUUCCUGAAGCACUGGAAAAAUGGUCACAGUCUGUGAUGUGGAAGCUUCUCCCGCGGCAUAUGGAAAUCAUAGAAGAGAUAGACAAGAGGUUCAUCACAAUGAUACGCACCACACGAACUGAUCUUGAGAGCAAGCUUCCUAGUAUGUGCAUCUUGGAUAAUAAUCCUCAGAAACCAGUUGUGCGGAUGGCAAAUCUAUGUGUGGUAUCUUCACAUAAGGUGAAUGGUGUUGCUCAGUUACACAGUGAUAUAUUAAAGGCUGAGCUAUUUGCAGACUAUGUCUCUAUAUGGCCAAAAAAGUUCCAAAAUAAAACCAAUGGAAUCACUCCUCGCCGGUGGCUCCGCUUUUGCAGUCCUGAGCUCAGUAAUAUAAUUACAAAAUGGUUGAAAACUGACCAGUGGGUCACCAACCUUGACCUACUUGUAGGUCUUCGAGAGUUUGCUGAAAAUGCAGACUUCCAAGCUGAAUGGUCAUCUGCCAAGAUGGCCAAUAAGCAGCGUUUAGCACAGUACAUAUUGCGAGAAACAGGUGUGAGCAUUGAUCCAAAUAGUCUUUUUGACAUACAAGUCAAGCGCAUCCAUGAAUAUAAGAGACAGUUGCUAAAUAUUUUGGGUGCAAUAUAUAGGUACAAGAAACUAAAGGAGAUGAGCACUGAAGAGCGGAAGAAAACAACUCCACGUACGAUUAUGUUUGGAGGAAAAGCAUUUGCAACAUAUACAAAUGCUAAAAGAAUUGUAAAGCUGGUAAAUGAUGUUGGCACUGUUGUCAAUACCGAUCCUGAAGUCAAUAGUUAUUUAAAGGUAGUAUUUGUUCCAAAUUACAAUGUAUCUGUGGCAGAGAUGCUUAUUCCUGGAAGCGAGUUGUCACAGCAUAUCAGCACAGCAGGCAUGGAAGCAAGUGGCACCAGCAACAUGAAGUUUGCACUCAAUGGUUGCCUUAUAAUAGGAACCUUGGAUGGUGCUAAUGUUGAAAUCAGGGAAGAAAUAGGAGAGGAGAAUUUCUUUCUCUUUGGUGCAACAGCAGAUGAAGUCCCCAGACUGCGCAAGGAAAGAGAGAAUGGAUUGUUUAAACCAGAUCCUCGGUUUGAAGAGGCCAAGAUGUAUAUAAGAAGUGGAGCAUUUGGAAGCUAUGACUAUAACCCACUUCUUGAGUCUCUAGAAGGGAACUCCGGUUAUGGUCGUGGAGAUUAUUUUCUUGUUGGCCAUGAUUUCCCAAGCUACAUGGAUGCACAGGAAAGAGCGGAUGAAGCUUACAAGGAUCGUAAGAGGUGGUUGAAGAUGUCUAUACUUAGCACCGCUGGCAGUGGCAAAUUCAGCAGUGAUCGGACAAUUUCCCAAUACGCCAAGGAAAUUUGGAACAUAGAGGAGUGCCGGGUACCAUAAUUGCUACUACAACCACACGCUGCCGUUCAAUUUAUGAUGUAUAUGGUUGUAGUCAGGUCAAGUGAGCAAAGAAACGGAGGAUAACAAGACAGGGACCAUAUCUUUCUAUCAAAACAUGAAUCUGUAGAAAAAUAUCAAUAAACCAGAUGUCACGCUUCUGUGAUGCUUUUUCUAAUGAACUAUAUUUUUCCUAUUUUA